CCAAGGAAACUAUAUUUCGUACAUUGAUGGAAAUGUAUGGAAAGCAUACAUUUGGACCGAGAAACUAAUUCUCAAUGAAAAUUAUUUGACUGAAUUACAUAAGGAUUCAUUUGAAGGCCUGCUAUCCCUCCAGUAUUUGAUCUUACCUAGCCAUAUGGCCUGCUGCCUCUGCCAAUUUAAAAACAGCAUUGAGGCUGUCUGCAAGACAGUCAAGCUGCAUUGCAACAGUGCAUGUCUGACAAACACCAUACAUUGUCCUGAAGAAGCAUCUGUAGGGAAUCCAGAAGGAGCGUUCAUGAAGGUGUUACAGGCCCGGAAGAAGCACACGAGCACUGAGCUGACUAUUGAGCCGGAGGCGCCCUCAGACAGCAGUGACAUCAACUUGUCAGGCUUUGGGAGUGAGCAGCUAGACACCAAUGACGAGAAUGAAGUUAUCAGUGCACUAAGUUACAUCUUGCCGUAUUUCUCAGCGGUGAAUCUAGAUGUGAAAUCAAUGUUGUUACCGUUCAUUAAACAGCUUUCUUCAAAUGUGCAAGAUGGAGAUAGGCCCCUGGGUGUUUUGAAAAACAAUAUAAAGAGCCCCUCUCUUCAACCUGCAUCUGACAACCCAACUUAUGAAAUUUAUGAAAAUAAAUUGAGAAAGCUAUACUUGCUGGAAAAUAUGUUAGAUGCAGAAAUACAGGAAAAAAUCAAUGAAGUUAAAAGGGAAGAAAAAACUGCCAUGCUUAUGCAGACCGGCCUUCUAGGUAACAAAUUUAAACGCCAAUUAUUUGAAAAGAAAUUAGAAACUGUCCAACCCCAGGAAAACAGCCUGGCAAAGAUUCAAAGUGUAGGCAACAACCUGCAGAGAGUGAACAGAGUCCUCACGGGCCCAAGGAGCAUCCAGAAAAGGCACUUCAAAGAGGUGGGAAAGCAGAGCACCAGGAGGGAAGAGGGUGCGCAGGCAUUUGUGGAGAGCGCUGCCCAAGAAAAAAGGCUCGGGAGCCCGGUCUCAAGGGAGCUGGAACAGCCUCACACAGAGCAGGGGCGUGAGAAGUUAGUGGGAAACACCGUCUACACCAAGCCUUCGUUCACCCAAGAGCUUCACGCAGCAGUGUCUUCUGUGCUGAAACCCUUCUCCAUGGGCGAGCCUUCUGCCUCCACCCCUGCAAAAGCCCUACCUCAGGUCAGAGACAGAUCGAAAGACUUAACCCAUGCCAUUUUCAUUUUAGACAAAGCAAAGGCUAGAGUUAAAAGUAUGAAGGCUGCCAAACCAAUUGUAUAUUCCCGAAAAAAAUACCGCUAUCAUAAAACUCGCUCCCGCGUGGCCCACAGAACACUCAAGGCCAAAAAGAGUCAAAAGUUCAGAAAGAAAAGUUACCUCGAUAGACUGAUGCUCGCAAACAGGCUGCCAUUCUCUGCAGUGAACAGCCUCAUAAAUUCCCCUUCACACGGGGCUUUUUCAUCAUUAGGAGACCCAAGUCCUCAGGAAAAUCCUUUUCUGGAAGGAUUUGCUCCUUCAGAACGUUUUAUACAAAACACUAAUGUAAAAGACACAACUGCAAGAAAUGCCUUUGAAGAAAACGUUUCUAUGGAAAACACUACUAUGCCGGAAGGCACCAUCUCUGAAAACACAACCCACAAUCCUCCUCCUGAGGCAGAUUCUGCUGGGACUGCAUUCAACUUAGGGCCAGCUGUUAAACGAACUAAUCAGACACAAUGGGAAUACAACAAUGUGGGCACUGACCUGUCCUCCGAGCCCAAAAGCUUCAAUUACCCGUUGCUCUCAUCCCCAGGUGAUCAGUUUGAAAAUCAGCUAAGCGAGCAGCUACGGUCCCUCAUCCCCAACAACAAUGUGAGAAAGCUCAUUUCUCAUCUUAUCCGGACCUUGAAGAUGGACUGCUCUGACACCCGUGUGCAAGUGACCUGUGCCAAGCUCAUCUCCAGGACAGGCCUCCUGAUGAAGCUUCUCAGUGAGCAACAGGAUGUAAAGGCAUCCAAGGCAGAAUGGGAUACGGAACAGUGGAAAACUGAGAACUAUAUCAAUGAGAGCACGGAAGCCCAGAGUGAACAGAAAGAGCAGAGGUUGAGUGAG